UGUUCUUUAUCCGCAGAUUACGCGGGACUUUGAGCCGGUGUAGUCACUAUCUCUGAAUUCUCACAGAUAUGUGGGCUAUAUAUUUGGGUAACAGUGUUUACACGAAGAAAGAAGCUAUUAGAGUAUUUGUUUGUGUAAUCAAUGUUUCUACUGUGUAAUGCAUGUGGUGUGUACAUGACAUUUUUGGCAAUACGCUGUGUUUAUUAUACAAAACGGAGUGGUAUAUGUAGCAACCUGUUGUCAUUUGACUGCAGUUCAGAGUAACGUGAAAAGUUGGGUUGAAAGUCUAGGGCUUGCUGAAACAGAAGUUAAUGUUUUCGUAACACAGUUUCAUUUACAUAUUCUUUGAUCUCUGUGUUGAAGUUCAAAUGUGGAAACUGUUUUAACAUUUAAACACACAUUACAGUACAAUUUUGGAUCUGUGAAGUGCUGUGAAGGCUACUGUCAAAACGUCACUGAUAAAUCAACUGCAUCCCGGUGGAUUCUGUUCUUCCCUGGAUAGCCAUUGGUCGAUGCAGCAACUUCUUCUUUUGGUAUCUCCACCACAAAAUCAACAGAAACUGCUGUGUUUAAGAAGCAGGUAAUAGGUACAGAAACCCGGCUGCAAAAUACGUCAAGUGGCGGGGGUCGGUAUAUGGGGGUCACCCCCCACCACAAAAAGUGGAAGUCGGACUGGAAAUUAUUUUACUCGAGGAAGAACUACUCCGACAAGACCCGGCAAGCCCAUGGUGAAAUCAGCUGCAAUGAUAAGGCAAUCCAGCCUCACCAAGCUGGGGGUUAUGAUAAAUACAGCAGUCAACAGCAAGCGAAAUAGUAAUGGAGAGAUCCAGUGGUGCUUUUCACAGGUGAAAGGGACGCUUGAUGACGAUGUGACAGAAGCUGAUAUUAUUUCAUGUGUAGAAUUCAAUCAUGAUGGUGAUCUUCUGGCAACAGGUGAUAAAGGGGGGAGAGUUGUCAUCUUCCAGAGAGAUCCUGUUAGUAAGAACUGCAUUCCUCGAAGAGGGGAAUACAAUGUAUACAGCACGUUCCAGAGUCAUGAGCCAGAAUUUGACUACCUCAAGAGUCUUGAGAUUGAGGAGAAAAUUAACAAGAUAAGGUGGCUCAAGAGAAAAAAUCAAGCCCAUUUUCUAUUAUCUACUAAUGAUAAGACUAUAAAAUUAUGGAAGGUGUCAGAAAGAGACAAGAAGGUUGAAGGUUACAACACCAAAGAAGAGAAUGGUCAGUUAAGGGAUCCAUCAUGUGUUACUGCAUUACGGGUACCAGUAAUUAAACCUAUGGAACUAAUGGUAGAAGCAUCUCCCAGGAGAAUAUUUGCCAAUGCACACACGUAUCACAUCAAUUCCAUUAGUGUCAAUUCAGAUCAAGAAACUUACCUCUCGGCAGAUGAUUUACGGAUUAAUCUUUGGCAUCUAGAAAUCACCGAUCAGAGUUUCAAUAUUGUUGACAUAAAACCAACGAACAUGGAAGAACUUACUGAAGUGAUAACAGCGGCAGAGUUCCACCCUGUGGAGUGCAAUUUGUUUGUGUACAGUAGCAGUAAGGGUACAAUCAGACUGUGUGACAUGAGGGCAGCAGCGCUCUGUGACAGGCAUUCAAAGUUGUUUGAAGAACCUGAGGAUCCGACAAGUCGAAGUUUUUUCUCGGAGAUCAUCUCAAGUAUAUCAGAUGUGAAGCUGUCCAAUUCUGGUCGAUACAUGAUAUCUAGAGAUUACCUGUCUGUCAAAGUAUGGGACCUGCAUAUGGAGACCAAACCUAUAGAAUCUUAUCCAGUGCAUGAGUACCUGCGUUCGAAGCUGUGUUCGUUGUAUGAAAAUGAUUGUAUCUUUGACAAAUUUGAAUGUUGCUGGAAUGGCAAUGACUCGGCCAUUAUGACAGGAUCAUACAAUAACUUCUUUAGGAUGUUUGACCGCACGACAAAGAGAGAUGCAACCCUCGAGGCUUCGCGAGACAUUGCAAAACCUAAAACCAUACUCAAACCUAGAAAAGUGUGUACAGGGGGGAAACGCAAGAAGGAUGAGAUCAGUGUGGACUGCCUUGACUUCAAUAAAAAGAUUCUGCAUACAGCGUGGCACCCCACAGAAAAUAUUAUCGCGGUGGCGGCCACAAACAAUCUGUUCCUCUUCCAAGACAAGUUCUAGCACACAGGCAUGGCGGAACAAACUCAUCAGUAUAAUGCAAAAUGCUAUUGACUGGACACAUGAAAGCCUUAAGAAAUUGAAACUCAAGACGAGAACAAGCUGCCUCUUCUUGCUACAUCCUGCCCCAUUUGGUAAGGAGUCGAGUAGCAAAUCUCACUGAUAUGUGAGGUUAAAGAAUUCUCCGUAGAGACGCAGAUGUGAUAAGAUCUGAUGGCAACACCAGAACUGUGUCCUUUUAUCUGUGAUCGAACAGUUACGGUUUAUACUGUCGCAGACAGUGAAUCACGGUAAUCGUGGGGAGUGCUUAUACAUCGUGGUAGAAUAUAUUUCCUUUGCUGCCGUGCACCGCUCGUUCAAAAGUAAAUACAAAGUGUGAAAACACGUUUUCUUAAAAGUAAUGUGUAGGGCUUCGUAUUGCCAUAUUGAUAUCAUUAAAUUCUCAAUUCAUUAUUAGAAGGAAACAUUACAUUUAGUUUAUACAUACUUUAUUUAUCCUUUUUCCAGAACUUUGCCAGGAUACAUAAAAAAUAAGCAGUUGAUUGUAUACGUGCUUUGAUGCACCUACAGGUUUUAUAACCAUCUUGGGAAGAAGUUUGUUAAAAAACUGAAAUGAAUAUGAACAAUAUAAAAAGACAUUGGAGGAGAAAGUAAUUCUUUAGUAGAAAAAUAAUAGCUUUUUCACAGGACAUGAGUUUCGACGCAUUUACAAGUAACAACACGAAGUCCCAGUGCUUUGACGUCUUUUUUUUAUUUAUGAUUUGUUGCCCCGCUUUUACGUAGCAUGAAUUUGCUGCUGUUAGUGUUGAGAAUCGGUCUGCAUUGAAUUUAAAUAUAAGGGACAGUUGAUGUUUAAAAAAUGCUUCCAUCACUUCAAGCGAAUGCAGACUUGAGCUACCGACUAUCGACCCGUUCAGUUGUAGUUUGACGUGAUCUUCGUUUGUGUGGCAGAAGUCGGAAUCGCGGAUUAUUUCCGCGUAUGCGUGCCACGCCUAAUAGUAAAUAACUGAGCGUGGUGGAUAAUCAGUUAUUUAAAAUAUAACAGGAAGAUGUAAUUGAAUCAAAUGAGCAAUGGCACCUAAAUUAUGCUGCAUGAAUUAUAUAAUAAUAUAGCAAUGUAAGAAUUGUACGAUACCAUAAAACAUGAACAUGAAAAGGGCUCAUAUUCAAGUUGUGUGUAUGAGUUGAGUGUGUGUGAGUGUUAUAUGAUGCACAAAUUGUGUUGUAACGCAGAAUGUAUGAGUGUCAUUACUUCCGUUGUCAUUUCUGUUUGGGCGGAUGAAUGAUUGAAAAUAAACGAGCAAAUAUUACUUUGUUUCUCAUAUAGAUAUAAUACCUUUUCCUUUAUUCGUGAUUCAGGAGUCACUGUAUCGCGUGUUCGUUCGGCAGCCAUUUCAAGGAAUAAAGUAACGUAAUCAUUUAAGUAUAGAAGAUAUUGUGGACAUGCCAGUUGUGAGGGAUUUUUCUCUCUUACCUUCUUAAAGUUAUGAGUCUCAUUUAAUUGAAACUGACAGAUGGCUCUGUUUGUAUUAUUUUUUUAGACAUUUAAGGUGAAAGAGCCUUUGAUACUGAAUUGUUUUUCUUAAUUAAGGAUCGUGCUUCUUGGAGCAGUGCACGUUAGACUUUCAGAUUGCUCGUUAUGCAUGGGGCUUGGAAUUAUGAAAUAUUUAUUGCCAUAUUUGCUUCACACGGUAUUCGUAUACGGUUGAAUUCGCUUUGCUAGGUUACAGUGAAAUUUUUCAAAAAUUAAAAUAAAUUUUCCAGUGGUUGAUAUUAGGUAGCUUGCUUGUAAUUAAAUCUUAAGUCUCGGUUGCUAUAAAGAAAUUCAAGGAACCAUUUUCAGUAAUGUUGAUGACAUCCUGUGCUGACUAAGGUAUCUGUGAUAGAGUUCUAAAACAAAAGUUACCAUGUGUGGAAUUCCUUUUAUUGUAGAAAGUAUAUUAUAGUUCUAGCCUGUAUAUGAUAUUUUGUGGGCAAAUAACACUGUCUUAUUGUUGUAAACUUAGAAGAUUUUGAGUUUGGUGACAACAAAGCAAAGAACGCAGUGGCCGUGUGUUGAGCUGGGCGUGUACUGUGCAUAGUUCGUUCUAAUCUUGUAUGGAAUAAUAAAACAUGACUAUCACAAAUAUUUUCCCAUCAAUUUUUUUUUUUGAUCUGGAUUGUCUUUAGGUGGGUUCAAAGAUUUUUGGUAUCUGAGCUAAUGGAGCAUUAAUUUUUUAGGAGAGUAUUGUUAAAGAAUGAAAUAUCUUUUUAUUUUAAAAAAUGUAAGUGGUGUUAUAGAGUGUGUAUUUUUUGAAACUCGGUUUUUAGGUUAAAGAUGUGCAGAAACAAAAAUAAUUUGAAAGUGAAAUAGUCUAAGUGAGGUUAAGAGAGACCAGUUACAAAUGUUCCAGUUGUCUUCCAAAUACAAUAAAAAAAAUCAAAGAUAUUCACUAAAUUUAAUGUUAUAUUUUGGUUAUGCUUCAUGCUAUGUUAUUUAUUCAUUUAUUUAUUUCAGUAUUAAAAGUGGGAAGUUUUCCCUUUGCUUUUGUAUAAUCCUUUGCACAGUAAAUUUUUGAGAAGUAAAAUCCCGUGAUUGAAGAGUUUAGUAUACCUUCAGUUUCUCAAAAUUUAUCUGUGAAUUCAAAUUCUGAAGUGUUUUCAUUGCAAGCAAUGAUGAAAAUAAUUGGAGACAUCACAUUUUUAACAAUUUUAGAUGAGUCGCUUUAACAGGCGAUUUAAGGUAUGGUAUACAGUAUAGUUCAAGAUGAUACAUUGGUUAGGUUAAUUUAUUUUUUUAAUCAUUAAAGGUAUCAUAAAUACAGUGCCAUUCUCAUAUUUGACUAUUUUUUAUGCCCUUUUCCUGUCCCAACCUCCAGUUGCUUCUGUAGUUUCUGCCUUCCAUUACAGGACAUUUCAUUCUCUUUAAUAAGAGAUGAUUCUAUUAUGUAAUUGGUUCUAAAAAGUAAUUAAAUUGAUUGAUCAUAAUAAAGAAAUGCAUUAAAGAUGUAAUUGAUAUGUGCA